AUGGCUGAAACACCAUCCGCUACCAAUACACCUGUAAGAAAGGGCAUACUUUCAUUUUUCCAAACCGCAACGGAUAGUGAUAAAUUGUCACCAAGUUCGAAUAAAUUAAAAGAGAAACCAAAAGAAAAGGAACAUCUUAGUAUAGACAUUGGAGAUGAUACUGUUGAAGAGAUUGAAACUGAAUCGGAGGAGGAUGGUGAUGUAUUCGUCAGUAUAAUUCACGAUACAUCGAUACCAGAGAUUAUUGGAGAUUCUUUGUCUGAUAUGAAAAUACUAAAAGGACCUGAAGAAGCCAAGGGAAUGCUUCCAGCUGUAUCUGAUACUGAUGACAUUUUAUACAAAAGCAAGGUACACGACGACAAUGUAGAAGAUGGUACUGUAGCAAAGGAUUCUCGAGUUGAUAUAAAAGCAGAGGAAGAAAGAAAAAAUAACAAUACCUCAAGUGCAAAAGAUACCCCUACUGAUAGUGUCGAGAAUAAGGAAACUUUACCAUCUAAAGAACAAGAUAAACUUACUAAAAAGGAACUUGCAGCCCAGAAACGAGCAGAACUGAAGAAGGAAAAGGAAUUAAAGAAACAAGAGCGUGAAAAGAUACGUGCAGACGAGAAAUUAAAAAGGGAGCAGAAACUUCAAGAAGAGAAAAGGAAGAAAGAAGAACUGAAGCAGAAAAGGGAAGAAGAAAAACGUAAACGAGAUGAAGCAAAGCUAGAAGCUAAAAAGCAAAAAGAGUUAGAAAAACAACAACGUGAGCAAGAAAAAUUAAAGAAACAGGAAGCUGAGGCAAAAGCACAAUUACGUAUUGGUAAUUUUUUCAAGAAAGUUAACGAUUCAAACAGAACGAUCUCCGAGAAAUCUGAUUAUGAGAAACACUUCCUUCCGUUUUAUGCUAGAGAUGGUGUGGAGGUUUGCAAUAACUAUAAAUUAUCUCCAAAAUUAUUGGAAAAAAGUAAAAGUAGUCUAGAUUCUAGUUUGAAAAAUAAAGAUGCAGAUUUCGAGAAUAUUGAUUCAUGGUUACGUUCAAAAUACAUUCGAAGAGGAUACGAAGUCAAAUGCUCCGCAAUUAAUGUACUUCAAAAACUUACAACCAAAGAGAAAACAGAAUUGGAGUUGGAAACUUUAUUAUCUACGGUUCCUCAAAAAUACAUUAAAUUUUAUGAAAAUGUUAGACCUCCUUUCAUUGGGACUUAUUCAAAAAAUGUAUCUCUUCCCAUAACGAACCCCUUUUCUACAGAAGGUACAGGUUAUAACUAUGAAUAUGAUUCAGAUUUGGAAUGGAUUAACGAGGAAGAUGAAGAAGGUGGUAUUGAUAAUUUGGAAAGUGGUGAAGAAGACGAAGAUGAAGAUGAAGAUGAUGAUCAAGCUGAUGAUAGCGAGUUCGAAGGAUUUUUGGACACAGAAGAAAGUGCUGAAGCGAAUCCAAGCGGUAAACAGAGGUUUAUUGGACCUCUUAUACCGACUGUCUUUGUUAGGAAUGAAUUAGAGAAGCUUGAUGAAGGUGAUAAGCAAUAUUUCGAUUUCGUUAAGGUACAAUACUUAAUUGGUGACCAGCCUUUCCCAAUUGACCCGUAUGAACUACCACUAUCUCUACAAGCAAAUGAUAAAUCUGACAAAAAGAGAAACCUGACCGAAACGGCUGAUAAAACGUCUAAUUUAACCACACCUGAUGGCUCACCCAACAAAAAACCAAAAUCAUUGAUCACAGAACCUAAAGAUUUACUCAAGUUGUUUGAUAAUAUUCAAGAUUCUACAUUUUCUUUGAAUACGAUAACAGAGAUUGUUCAAAAGACACUGCCCCAAUAUAAUAAACAAACUAUCAAAAACACUAUAAAAGAAUAUGCAACCAGAGGAGUUGGUAAAACUGAGGUGUCUCGUAAGUGGGAACUAAAAGCAUUAGCAAAUCCCUUGGAACUACGAAGUAGAAUACAGGAGUAA